AUGGAAAACUCUAGCACCCAGCCUUGCCUGGAAAUUUUCGGUCAUUUUUCUUUUUUCUUCCCUCAUCGUAUUCUUGUGUUUCAGCUACCAAGAGCGAUCUCCCGAUUUUCACAGCAAGUUGGCUCAUUAGACGAUUUACCUCUUUCCCUUCCCGCAUUAUCUCCUAACCUGAACUCCGAACGGAAAACAAGUCAAGCAGAAUCUAGCGCUGCACUUCAGAGCUAUGUGGAGAGGCUUGCCGAAGAUGAAAGUACAGUGUUUGGCGCUACACUGAAACGGUUUAUCGAAUGUACUGUUCAAAGUGAAGAAGCUGAUCCUAGUGUGGUUGUACGGAAUGUGAGGCAAUUCAUCAACGGAAUCAAGAAUUAUUUGGUCAAACAUGGAGAAGGUAUGUUCUGCCAAUCAUUUUAUUUCUCAGCCUUUUUUCUCCAUGAAAAAAUGCCCUGAUG